UUCUGUUUCUCUGCUGCUCCUCCGAGAAUUGUCGUAGAAAAUGCCGUUCAAAAGGUUUGUGGAAACUGGCCGCGUCGCCAAGUGCGCCGUUGGAAAGUACAAGGGACGUCUAGUAUGCAUCGUCAACGUGAUUGAUCAAAAUCGGGUACUGAUUGAUGGCCCCACCAGCGGUGUACCACGGCAGCAGUACUCUGUGAACCAUCUGCAUCUGACGAAGUUCCGUGUCCGCUUCCCGUUCACCGCUAGGACACAUAGUGUCCGUAAAGCUCUUGAGGACUUGAAGAUCAAGGAGAAAUUUAAUGAGACGAGAUGGCAAGAACGUGCGGUCGCCAAGUAUAAGCGUUUCCACAUGAACGAUUUCGAUCGGUUCAAGCUCCGCCUGGCCCGCAGCGAACGCAACCGCAUCGUGACCGCGCAGUACAAGAAGUUGAAGCGCGAGGUUGUCAGCAACGGUAUGCUGUUCGGCAAGCCUGUCAAGGGCACCAAACCGCUGCCCAAGCGACGCAACCGUGUGUCGAAGAAGGAUGACAAGAAGAAGGUUGCGGCCAAGAAGUGAGCGGUUAAAGGGGAAUGCUGAGCGUCGUCGGGUGUGUGUUUCCAUCGACUCCAGGUGGGGAAUAUAUAAUUAUUAAAACCGUUCAGACUAAAAUCAACACAAAAGCGUGGAACAUUCUGUGGAGAAAGUAAAGAAAGAACACACAACA